AUGAGCCAGCAGAAACAGCAGCAGCAGCUGCAGAACACGGCGAACCUGUUGCACUGGUCCCGAUACAGCUCGAGUUCCGCUGAGCUCCCUCUGGAGGACGUGCCCCUCGAAGGUUCUUCCAGAGGAGAAACAGAUCCAGCAGAAGCCCCAGAAUGGGUCCCCGCGAGCCCCCUGGGGGGCCCCCCGGGGGCCCCCGAGGCCCCCAGCGGGGCUGGCGAGCUGGCGCAAGACAGGCAGGAUCUGCUGCCGGUGAAGCGGAGGGGGGGGCCCUGGGCAGCUCUUAAAGUGCUGCAGGAGCUGCUGUCGGUGGCAGCUUUUCACCGGCAGUUGCUGCUGACGGUGUUUUGCUUCAGCUUCCCUUUGCUGCUGUUUGCGGGGUGGAGCUGCGCAGACAGCCGGGCGCGGUGUCUGUACGCCGUGGCCGUGAUGGUCCUUUGCUGGCUCUCCAACUGCCUGGACCCCUACGCAGUGGCUUUGCUGCCUUUUGUGUUGUUCCCGGGGCUGCGGGUGGCCUCGGUGGGCCUCGUGGCUUCCUUUUACAUGAACUCCGUCAGCUUUUUGAUCUUCGGCUCCAGCAUGAUGGCUGCAGCGCUGCGGCGGGUCAAGCUGGACCUCGCUGCUGCCCGCUGGCUCGCCCGCAUAUCCCCGCAGCACCCUGAGGACUUGGCCUUGUGUCUCAUGUUGACUUGCUUUUCCAUUUCCACUUGUCUCAGCAACACUGGCACCAUGCUCAUCUUCUGUCCCAUCAUUGACUUGCUCAUAAGGGGGAUUCACCCCCACACUUACGGGGGCGAGUCUUCGCCCGCAGACAGGGGGGGGCCACCGCCGCCGCCGCCGCAGCAGCAGCAGCAGCAGCAGCGGCGGCAGCAGCAGCAGCAGCAGGAGAGCGUGGAGUCGGACUUGUCCCGCUGCGCGUCUGGGUCCAGAAGCAAAGUGAGCCCUCUGGACAAUUGUCUCUGCGUUAUUUCCGUCGCGCCGUCGACAGCCGUCACGGGCUCCUCCCCUGCUGCAGCAGCUUCUCCACCGCCGCAGCAGCAGGAAGCCAGUGGACCACUGGACCAGCAGCUCGAAGAGGAGAUCCUGCACGAGCCCCCGAAGCUGCGGCGAAUCCGCAACUUGCUGUUCAUUGGCUGCGCCUACGCAGCCACACUGGGGGGCUCAGCUACGGUGACAGGCUCCACGAGCAACGCCAUAUUUCUGGCAGUUCUCGAUGCAAUGUAUGCCACUCUUCCUGCUGCUGCUGGGGCUGAGGGCCCCCAAGUAAACCCAGUGACUUACACAACUUGGCUGGUGGUUUCUUUGCCCCUGGCUCUAGUGCAGCUUUUCAUGGUUUGGGCGUCUCUGUGUGCCCUAUGGACGGGCCCUAGGGCAACAAAGGCGGCUUUGGCGCGGCUCGCCUUUUGCUGCUGCAUGCCCCUGAAAGCAGCCCUUUGCUGCUGCUGCUGCUGCAAGUGGGUGCGCCCGCGCCGCGCGAGCCGGGAGCUCAGCGCUGCUGCAGCUGCCCCGGGGGGGCCUGGGAGCCAGGGGGCCCCCAGAGGCCCCAGGGCCCCCACAGGCAAUGCAUGCGCUGCAGAUCACGGGGAACUUUACUGGGGGCGCGUGUACGUGGUUGUGGCCUGGUUGCUGCUGGUAUGUUUGUGGCUGUCUCGAAAGACAAUUGUGCCGGCAGUGCCAGGCUGGGGCACUCCUUGGGAAGGCUUCAUAGAUGAUUCUUUCGCAGCUGUGGUGGUGCCUCUAGGCCUCUGGUUUGCGCCCCUCUAUCCCAGGCGUCCCAAACCCUCUAUUGCAAGAGCUAUUUCUGCCCCUGUGCGCUGGGCAAAAAGACAGCGAAGAGUUCGCUUUCCUGAGAAUGAUGCUAACGAGGCCCCUGCUGCUGCGGCUGCUGCUGCACCGCGCACUGUAGCAGCAACUCGAAAGCAGCCUGAGUUCGAAGGGAUCCUCACGUUUUCAGUGGUUGAGAAGGAGAUGGAUUGGGGACUGCUGUUCUUGCUGGGAAGCGGCUUCGUGGUGGCGUCUGUGUCCCAUGUUUGUGGGCUCGACAUGGUUUUAAUAGACUACAUGGAGUUUCUGAAACAGCAGACCAAAGAAACCCAAGUUGCUUGCAUUAUGGCUAUGGCAGCGCUCGUCACCCAGGUCACCAGCAACACGGCCACUGCCAGCAUCAUCAUGCCUUUGCUUUCAACUGCUGCCAAAGGGCUGCAGGGGAACCCUUUGCUGCUAUUGCUUGCUGCAAACUUCGCGACCACUCUGGGCUUUCUGUUGCCCGUCAGCACGGCCUCCAACGCAGUCAUAGUUCGGUUCACGCGAAUCGGAGUUUGGCAGUUCUUCCUCAGCGGCCUGUUGCCACUGGUUCUUUGCCUCGGGGCAGCUUAUGUGGCCAGCCUAACGUGGGUGGCUGCUGUGUUUCGGCUCAACAGUCCUUACCCCAGUAGCCCGCAGUGA